AUGACCUCAACUAUCGUGUCAAAGAUAGUGAAGCAAAAUGGGAUAGCGCGUUACGAGGCAAAGGCCAUUAGAGAUUGCAUUUGUGAUAUGAAAGACAGAGUUUAUGAACUUAAGCAGACACUCAAUGCCAUGGGACAUCUCAAUGAUCCCGACAAGGAAUUCCAGCGAGCUAAUACCAAGACAUGGGCUAGUGCGGCUAUAACUAAUAUUGAUUCAUGCAUGGACGGGUUUUCAGGCCGGAGAGUGAAUCCCAUUGUGAAGAAGAAGGUUAGAAGCGGCAUCACUGGAGUGCAAAAACUUAUUAGCAAUGCUUUGUCCCUAAUCAACCACCUAUAUUAA